AUGUUCAAAGCGGAGAGCACCAUAGUGGAGAAAAAGCGGCCUCCCCCGGUGAAGGUGCUGUCGGCUCAGCUGAGAGCGGCGGGCGGCAGAGGGCACACGGACAGCGGGGAAGGGGUGCAGAUCAGGGUGGGCCCGGGCCGCUGCCUCGGGGUCUCCCUGGUGUGGAUGCAGGGGACAGUCCUGGAGGUGCAGUUAGAGCGAAACACGGUGCUUCUGAUGGAUGAGACUGGGACGUUUACUGUGCAGGGCGUCAACAGCAUCCCCAAAGGCAGGCCCUGUUUGAUACAAGGCAAAUAUGUCAUGGUGAUGGGUGUCAUCCAGGCGGCCUCCCCAGAGCCAGUCAUCCGUGCCGUAAAAAUGGCCGACCUCUCGGAGCAGGCAGCGCUUCACCGGCGGAUGUGGAAGCUGGAGGUGGAGGACUUGCAGCGGGUGAUGGCUUGAAUGCAGAGCCGCUCGCAAACGCCGAUGAUGGGGUCCCGUCACAGCUAGGGGGCGAAGCGGUGCCAGCAUGAUUGAUGCAAAAAUCUACCUCAAUGGACCAAAUGGCAGAGUGGAGAUGUUAGUGUUGAAAGUGCUUGGGUAUAGGGUGAGUCAUUAUGCUUGAAAAAUGAAGACCAUAGCUGCAGAUUGGAUAUAUGGACUUGACACAGGCCAUCAGUCAAACGUGUUAGUAGUUAACUUUUAUAUAUUAAACUAACUGUGAAUUUGGUGAUGCAUAACACAAACUUUGAGAAACUUGUCUAAAUGUGUGAAUGAAAAAUAAGAACAGA